UGCCUGGGCUAGCUGGUCUGCUGGUACAUGGUAAACAUAGAAGCUCAUGAGCUAGCUAGCUGUGAAGAGGAGACACUAUAAACAAUUGAAUAUUGGCUGCUCUACUGAAUGUGCUCCCCAGGAUCCACUCAAGAUGCAUGUGUGAUUGUCAAGCUGGGCACAUUUAUAACAUUAAUAAAACUUUGACCUGAGAUAAUUAAAAGUGGCUUGGAAAUGGAUUGGUCCAUGAGAGAGUCAAAGUUGCUGAUGUGGCCAAUAUUCAGUCUACUUGAUAUCAACUUUUUACAGAAUGUCAAAUUGGCAUGUGUGUUUGGCUCGGCAGCUAAUGAAGCCCUACUAGUGACCAAGGACAACGAGGUGUAUGCUCUCGGGGCUAACGACAACGGUUGCCUUGGUAUCGGCGACUCUAGGAGCUCUCUGUUACCACAGAAAGUGGAGCAGCUCUGUAAUAAAGGUAUUUCUCAGUUUGUGUUUGGAAGUGGACCGCAUGUGAUUGGCAUAACUACGGAUGGACAACUUUAUAGCUGGGGGCAUAACGGAUAUGGACAGUUGGGGCAGGGAGUGUCAAUCAUAAUUGGACAGGGAUGCACUCCCGAGAGAAUCCAGGGGGUGCUUGAGGGGGUCAAGGUGACGAAAGUUGCGUGUGGGGGUCACCACACUCUGGCUCUCACGCAAGGAGGGGACGUGUAUGCUUGGGGCUACAACAACUACGGACAGGUGGGGUCAGGAGACAUGACCAACCAUACCACACCAACACGAGUGGAGGAUGUACUAGUUGGAGUGGGGUGUGUAUCUGUGUCAUGUGCCCAAGCCUCGUCACUGGCCCUCUCACAGAAGGGGGAGGUUUUCACCUGGGGAUACAACGGGUUCGGACAUCUCGGGAUCGGCUCUUACUCCAAUCAGUGCACUCCACGCAGAGCACAACUGCAUGACGUGUAUAUCAAGGAAGUAGUGUGUGGGUAUGCUCAUGUCCUGGCCCUCACUGACGAUGGCAAGCUGUAUGCCUGGGGCUCUAACGUGUAUGGUCAGCUGGGAAACGGGACAAAGACCAACCUCCUCAUGCCAUCACAGGUGGCCGGAGACCUGGGAAGGUUUGUAGAGAUAGCAGCCAGCCACAACAGUCACAUCUCUGCUGCCACCCUACUCAAUCAAAAGGUGUUCAUGUGGGGCAUGUGUCGUGGUCAGAGUGUACUGUCUCCCCUGGAGACCAAGUUCUCCUCCCUGGACGACAUCUUUGCCUGCUUUGCCACCCCCUCCAGUAUGUGGAGAACCAUCACAACAGAGAAGGAGGAGGCUAGAGGACUGGUCAAGUGCAUUGCCGAGCGGUUUGAUGACGUUAACACCUCAGAUCUGGCUGUGAUAGUCCAGGGUAAGAAGAUACAUGUACACAGAGCCAUUCUCAGAAUGAGGUGUGAGCACUUCUACUCCAUGUUCCAGCAAGGGAGGUGGAAUGAGGGCCAGUCAGACACCAUCGAAAUCUGCCAUUUCCCCUACUCCAUCUACUACGCUUUCCUCAAGUACCUGUACACUGACCGGAUAGAAGUCUCGAGCACUGAGGAGGCCAUUGGUAUACUGGACCUAGCUGACUCGUACUGUGAGACUGACCUCAAGAACAAGUGCGAGCGGCUCAUUUGUCAGCGGGUCACUGUCGACAACGCCAUCACUCUCUUUGCAGUGGCACACAAGUACAAAACACAGGCGUUGACCGACCAGUGUAUGAGGUUCGCACUUAAUCACAUGACUCAAAUCGUCCAAUCAGAAGCGUUUGACCAGUUGGAAAGCUCACUAGCAAAGAACUUUGUACAAAAAGCGGCAGGUCUAGGAGCAUUUAACUCAUGACUUUUUAACCCAUGACUCAAUAGGAAUUAUCACGAUAUAAGAUUGUGAUUUUUUAAGCAUUCAGUCAAGAUUAUGUACUUUCAAUACUUAUUUCAAACUAUUUAUUUCAUUGUUUCAACCUGUUGAACAUAACUGUUAAAAUUAACAAA